AUGGCACCCACACCCGACAUCACACUCUACUUUCUCGGGGCCAGCCGUGCCAUCCGCAUCGCAUGGCUUCUCGAGGAACUCUCGCUACCUUACAAUCUCGAGGUGUCACCACGAGCGUCAAACGGCCUCGCAUCCCCAGAGUUCAAGGCCAAGAUCCCGACCUUGCUGGGCAAGAGUCCCGCCGUCAAGGAUGGGGACAUAGUCGUCCAGGAGAGUAGUGCUAUUGCUGAGUAUCUCUGCGAGACAUACGAUACCCAAGGAAGAGUUCUGCCACGUGAGCCAAAAGCCAGAGCCAAAGUUAGAGAGUUCAUGGCUGCUGCGGAAGGCACCUUUAUGUUACAUGCUCUUCCGAUCCUAUACGCACGCUGGCGCCUCCCCAAGCCUGCGGCGGAAUACCUCCCAGAAAUGGAAAAAGGCCUGUCCGCAAACGUGCACAACGACCUCAACUGGCUGGAGGCCGAGCUGUCCGACGGCAAAGAAGGAGGAGGCGGUGAGACCAACAAGUUCCUCGUGGGGAACACCCUCUCGGCCGCGGACAUCCUCAUGGGGUUUAGCAUUGAAUUCAUCUUCACCAGGAAACUGGGCACGGAUGGUGGGAAUUGGCCGAGGGUCCAGAGGUGGUUGGAUGGGAUCAGAGAGUCGGAAUCCUAUAAGAGAGCUGUCGAGAAAACUGGCUAUUCCUUGUGA